CGUUAAGAGUCGAAAUGUCUCAUCGACACAUUUGCGGUAUGGACCCUUAGCUGAGGGGUUUAGGGUCGUCAUUGCAAACUAGAUCAACGGCUCGGAAAUGUCCUAUUAACACUAACACUGCAAACAAACGCGGUCCUUACUACGGGUGAUCGCGCCGAGCUUUCAUGCCCAGUCAGACACGUCUCUUAACACGUUCUGCAACAGGAUUAGAACCCCUGACCCAUGGUACGGAGCUAUUCACCAGCAGUAGGCACAGAUUGACCAGUUCAGCGGCUGAGCUUCUCCUACGCAAACGUAACUACUGUUUACUUUGUAGAAGUGAGGGCCUGGCUAAGGUUUCACUCCACCAGCUAACGGUGUUUUGCCAUCAUCAAAAACGCUAAGUUUGGCGGGCGCAACUGGUGACUUCGCAGGCGAGCUAAGCCGACAACAGGUCAGGAUCAAAUCCUUCCCCAUGGUGUAUUGAAACAUAACACAUGUUCGUGAAAGGUGUUUAUGUACCUGCCGUCAACCUGGAGAACGUGACGGGGCGACUUUUCUUUUUCACCUGCUGAAACGUGAUCCCUCCUCGCGUAACCAAUAUCGGGUCAGGUCUUACAACGGCUCGCCUGUCUCCACUGCUAGCUACAACAUUACCCCGUCAUGGAGAACGCAACCGCGGCGACGACUCAGCCCACCGGGACGCACAACGGCGGCUUCUCGGGCCAGCACUGGGACCUGUUCCGAACAUUUCUAGACCAGGUGUCGUCCAAGGUCGACGAGGAUGAACUGGCCAUCAUGAAAACCAUCUGCUUGACGUACCUUCCCAAGAAAGACUUAGACACAGUCCAGGACGCGCGCACCUUGUUUGAGGAGCUGGUCGCACGACUUCUGCUAAGUCGGGAUAACUUGGACGUCUUAGAGGACUUACUGAGAACCUGCGCCAGAGAAGACCUCAUCGGGAAGUUAGAACUCUACAAACAGCUGCGGAAAAGAGAGAUGACGUGCGAACAGUGCAGCAGUCAGCAGCACACGUCUGAACAACACAGAGGGUCUGGGCCCGAGCUGGUCAGGUCUACAAGUAUUCCAGGAAUCAAGUUCAAGUUUGACCCGAACACGGCGCACCGCUCGCUCAAGUUUUCCAACAAGAGCACGGUGGUGUCACGUGACGUGGAGGGCGCCAAACACCGACACGUGCCGAAGAGACCCGAACGGUUCGUGGACGGUCCGUACCGAGCCGGAAACCCGCUCGUGUUGGGGGACGUCGCCAUCACCAGCGGCAAGCACUACUGGGAGAUCUCGGUCAACGAGAGCACCAUCUACAUCAUCGGAAUCGCCUAUAGAAGUACCCGUCGAGACGAGCGGUUAGGGGACAACGCUACAUCCUGGAUACUGGAUCGUACCGGGAACGACUACGAGACGAGACACGCGGGAAAGCCGCACAAACUCAAGCUGGACCCGCACCCCGUCAGGAUCGGAAUCCUGCUCGACUACGAGGCCGGGAGAGUGUCGUUCUUCGACGCGGAGACCAGAAGGAAGCUGUACACGUUUAAGGACCAUUUCGCGAACCCUGUGUGCCCGGCGUUCGGCGUGUGGGACGGGGAACUCACGCUGCACACGGGUCUGAAGGCCAUCAGAGAUCUGGAGAACCAGCCCAGCUUCAGUCGGUGACAUAGGAGCAAAUCGUUCAGAUAGUUUCUCAAUCUACCUGGGUGAAGUUCGGUUAGGGGCUCCGCCUGUCGGAAGGAUUGUGAAGGACAGUCGCAACACCUGAAAACGGCUCUGACGGAUGGGUGAUUACUGGUAGCAAACAUGUACCGUAGGCAAUGAUACUUACGGCACCAAACUUCUACUAGUACGACCAUUCACUCACAUACGUGUGCAUGAUCACAGAAAACGCUGUCCAAACCGAACUGACCGUUUUAAUACUCAAAGUAUACCGUAUGACUACACAAUAUCUACAUGUUAAGCUAAAAAGACUAUGCGGUAAUCUAUUGGGGUUUGCUUUGCUAUCCACUAGUCGUUGGCAUUUUGGUAGCAUGCAUCAUAAAAAAUCUUAUGGACAGAUUGACAGACUAACUGUAACCUCUAACUUGCAAAAGCAUAUUUAUUACGUCAUUUUUCUUUUUGCUGCUGUCUGCUGAGAUAUUCAGGUUUUGAUUGAAAGUGAACCUUAUGGAAGCUUGGUAACCUGUUAAGAAAUUGUACUUGUAUCGUGUUUUACGGCACGUGCCCUGGUACCUAGAUGUUCCCAUAGCUACAUACGUCCUUUUACUACGUAAGGCGUUGCCUAUUGGCGGAGCAAAUAUAACGUCAUCGGUGCCACUUGAAGAACAAACAUUCCAUCAAUAUUUUCAAAGGUCAAAAGAUCAGAAGAUCACAGUCAGUGACAUGACUCAUUUCCACACAAUGUUAACAUUAGUUUUGCGCAUGUUGAUCUUCGGUCAAAUGUAUCGUGAACGUCAGGUCGUUUGGAUAGCUUCCUUAAUACUUACUUAAUACUAUCUGAACAACACAGGAUGGUUGUCUAAUUGUAGGGACCAAAGGAACAUUUCGUUACUAUUCACCAUUUGGUCUUUAAGAUUAAGUCGACGAAGAGGACAUGUGCCGAAAGAAUUUCGCCGAACUUUAAUUUAUCCAACAACAAAAAAUCACAUUGAACAGAAAAUAAGAACAGAGAAUUGCUUUAUCAUAACCGUUGAAUAUAGGUCAUAUGCCCUACCGUAUUCAGUCAAACAUCUUGUUACAAUGUUACAUCGAUCUAUAGACUGAAGCCAAAGUAUACAGGGCAAACAGCAUAUAUACCAACAAGAAAGUAUAUGCACAAACUGAUUAAAGAACGAUAGUGAAUGUA